AUGGAAGCACUUAUAAGCCAAGCUAUACAAGAUAGCCUGAGGUUGCGCAAAACGUCAGUCCCAUGGAAGGACGACGAACCUCACCCACAGUCGUACUACGCAUUCGAUCUCACGGCUGCUUCCUGGGUCGCUAAGUCGCCUUCUAAGGAUGUGCCCCCAGAUGCAGGCGAAGGUGUGAUCAGUAAUCUAAAGCUUUACAGCUGGAACAUCGAUUUCAUGCUCCCGUUCGCCGAAGCUCGCAUGAAGCCAGCACUCGCUCACCUUGGCAACCUGGUUGGUUCGCACACACAAGAUGACAUGUCAAUCAUCUUCCUCCAAGAGUGCAUGCCGUCGGAUCUAAAGACUAUCGCUUCGACGCCAUGGGUUCGAGAGCGGUUUCACCUAACUGACUUGGACACAACGAACUGGGCAACCACUCACUACGGAACUGUAACUCUAGUCGAUGUCCGUCUGCCUAUCUCGGCCGUCUUUCGUGUGCAUUAUUCCAAGACGCGCAUGGACCGUGAUGUCUUAUUCACAGAUGUGUCUGUUGGGGAAACAAUACGGUCCGUCUCGGCAACACGCACCUUGACUCGAUGGCCUUCAGCCCACCAUUCCGCCCAGAUCAGAUGCUCACCGUAG